GUGACUGGAAUGACAGUUGAAUUAGAUAUUAGACCAGAAACUAAAACUGUAUUAUUGCUAAAACAAUAACUUUCUGAAGUUAUUAAUCUUACUCCAGAUAGAUUAUAUAUUGGAUUCGAAACAACUUUAUUAGAUGAUCAAGAUUAUUUGGGUGUAAAAGGAAUAUCUGAUUGUGAUACUGUUCAUGUAAUAACAUCCCAAUUAACAGAAAAAAUAGCAUUUAAAAAAUGAGAUUUCAU